CUUACCGCCUGUCAAAACGCACCGGAAUCCAAGACUAUGUGACAGGUAAAAACAGCUCCAUUGGCAAUUGUGUCCCCAUGGAUUCAUAAUGUUGGAAUCCCCGACACACUGAUUACUUCAAUGGUUACAACUCGGUUCAUCGUACUAGACGUGACAGGGUGGACUGAGAUGGACAAGUCAUGCAGACCAUGGCCCGUGAGAUGUAUUGCGUCCAUGAAGACGUCUCUAAAAAGAAAUGCAAUCUCUUGUCGCCGCAGCAUGUACGGAUGCGCCCAGAUAGAACAAGAAGAAAAGAAAAGAAAAGACAGUGCGCCCUUUUAACGCCCUCGCUGCAAUAAGCCAAUCCCAAGACCAUUCCCAGUCCAAUGCCACC